CAAGUGCCGUGGCGGGAGCAGAGAGCGGCCACGGUAGCGGCGCCUCCCGGAGUGGCCCGUCACGCCCGGCCCCGCGCGGAAGAUACCAAGUUGUGCUAGUACAACCAUAUAAAUAAUUCAUACCUGAAGUCUCAAUGUAACAUGGACAUUAACAGUGAUGACAGAUAAAUACAGACGCUUGGGAUUCAAAUACUAGGCGAAACACUUUAAAAAAAGAAAGGAGUUUAAGAGUUUCUAGUAUUCUCCAUGGCUGAAGCUGAGAGUCUGAAACCCUGAUGCUUAAGCUCUAUUCUAGAUCAUAGCUUCAACUCCUUCAGGAUAUAUGGAAAAGAGAUAAUAUUUCCACAAUGAUAGAUCUUUGGUUGUACAGGUUUCCCAAUGAGUGGAUCAUGAUGACCGUAUUGUAGGGACUUGCCAUAGUAUGGCUGCUUCCCGAUCUACUCGUGUUACAAGAUCAACAGUGGGGUUAAACGGCUUGGAUGAAUCUUUUUGUGGUAGAACAUUAAGGAAUCGUAGCAUUGCUCACCCUGAAGAAAUCUCUUCUCAUUCCCAAGUGCGAUCAAGAUCACCAAAGAAGAGACCAGAGCCUGUACAAAUUCAGAAAGGAAACAAUAAUGGAAGAACCACUGAUUUAAAACAGCAAAGUACUCGAGAAUCAUGGGUAAGCCCUAGGAAAAGAGGACUUUCUUCUUCAGAAAAGGAUAACAUAGAAAGGCAGGCCAUAGAAAAUUGUGAGAGAAGGCAAACAGAACCUGUAUCACCAGUUUUAAAAAGAAUUAAGCGUUGUCUUAGAUCAGAAGCACCCAACAGUUCAGAAGAAGAUUCACCUAUAAAAUCAGACAAGGAGUCAGUAGAACAGAGGAGUACAGUAGUGGACAAUGAUGCAGAUUUUCAAGGGACUAAACGAGCUUGUCGAUGUCUUAUACUGGAUGAUUGUGAGAAAGGGGAAAUUAAAAAGGUGAAUCUCAAUGAGGAAGGGCCAUUUAAUUCUACAGUAGUUGAAGAAAUCACAGGCUAUUUGGCUGUCAAUGGUGUUGAUGACAGUGAUUCAGCUGUUAUAAACUGUGAUGACUGUCAACCCGAUGGGAACACUAAACAAAAUAGCACUGGUUCCUAUGUGUUGCAGGAAAAAUCAUUAGCUGAAAAUGGGGAUUCAGAAACCAAAACAGCAAUGUUCCUUGAUAGUAGGAAGGAGGACAGUUAUAUAGACCAUAACGUGCCUUGCACAAAUUCAAAAGUGCAGGUCAAAUUGGAGGACCACAAAAUAUUAACUACCUGCCUGCCUGUGGAACAUGUUAAUCAGCUGACUACUGAGCCAGCUUCAGGCCCCAUUUCUGAAAUUCAGUCAUCUUUAAGGGAUUCUGAGGAGGAAGUAGAUGUGGUGGGAGAUAGCAGUGCCUCAAAAGAGCAGUGUAAUGAAAACACCAGUAACGUCCUGGACACAAAUCUUGAGAGUAUGCCAGUCUCUGGAGAACUAGAUUCAUCUUCUGUUCUAGAUUGUGUUUCAUCUCAGAUGAUGUCUUUAUCAGAGCCUCAAGAACAUCGCUAUACCCUGCGAACUUCACCACGAAGGGCGGUCCCUACCAGAGGUAGUCCCACUAAAAAUUGUUCUCCUUGCAGAGAAAAUGGACAAUUUGAGGAGAAUAAUCAUAGUUCCAAUGAAACAAAUGCACCUGUUAGUGAUAAUGUAAGUGAGUCUCCCACAAAUCCUGAUGAAAUUUCUCAAAAUGAAAAAGCUGUAUGUUGUGACUCUCAAAACUAUGGAAGUGAAGGACUAAGUAAGCAACCCUCAGAGACAAGACUUAAUAUUGGACAUUUGCCAUCUGCCAAAGAGAGUGCCAAUCAGCACAUUACAGAAGAGGAAGAUGAUGAUCCUGAUGUUUAUUACUUUGAAUCAGAUCAUGUGGCACUGAAACACAACAAAGAUUACCAGAGAUUACUACAGACAAUUGCUGUACUUGAGGCUCAGCGUUCUCAAGCAGUCCAAGACCUUGAAAGUUUAGGCAAACACCAGAGAGAAGCAUUGAAGAAUCCUAUUGGAUUUGUGGAAAAACUCCAGAAGAAGGCUGAUAUAGGGCUUCCAUAUCCACAGAGAGUUGUGCAGUUGCCUGAGAUUAUAUGGGACCAAUAUACCAAUAGCCUUGGGAACUUUGAAAGAGAAUUUAAAAAUCGUAAAAGACAUACUAGGAGAGUUAAGUUARUUUUUGAUAAAGGUUUACCUGCUAGACCAAAAAGUCCUUUAGAUCCUAAGAAGGAUGGAGAGUCCCUUUCAUACUCUAUGUUGCCUUUGAGUGAUGGUCCAGAAGGCUCAAACAGUCGUCCUCAGAUGAUAAGAGGACGCCUCUAUGAUGAUACCAAACCUGAAACAUUUAACCAGUUAUGGACUGUUGAAGAACAGAAAAAACUUGAACAGCUACUUCUGAAAUACCCCCCUGAAGAAGUAGAAUCUCGACGUUGGCAGAAGAUUGCAGAUGAGCUGGGUAACAGAACAGCAAAACAGGUUGCCAGUCGGGUACAGAAGUAUUUCAUAAAGCUAACUAAAGCUGGCAUUCCAGUCCCAGGCAGAACACCAAACUUGUAUAUAUACUCCAGAAAGUCUUCAACAAGCAGACGACAACACCCCCUUAAUAAACAUCUCUUUAAACCUUCCACUUUCAUGACUUCACACGAACCACCAGUGUAUAUGGAUGAAGAUGAUGACCGAUCCUGUUUCCAUAGCCACAUGAACACUGCUAUUGAAGAAGCAUCAGAUGAAGAAAGUAUUCCUAUCAUGUAUAGGAAUUUACCUGAAUAUAAAGAAUUGUUACAGUUUAAAAAGUUAAAGAAGCAGAAACUUCAGCAAAUGCAAGCUGAAAGUGGAUUUGUGCAACAUGUGGGCUUCAAGUGUGAUAACUGUGGCAUAGAACCUAUCCAGGGUGUUCGAUGGCAUUGCCAGGAUUGUCCUCCAGAAAUGUCUUUGGACUUCUGUGACUCUUGUUCAGAUUGCCUACAUGAAACAGAUAUUCACAAGGAAGAUCACCAAUUAGAACCUAUUUAUAGGUCAGAGACAUUCUUAGACAGAGACUACUGUGUGUCCCACGGCACCAGUUAUAAUUACCUUGAUCCAAACUACUUUCCAGCAAACAGAUGACAUGGAAGAGAACAUCAUUUACUAGUCCUCUUCAACACAUAGCAAUGGUAUCAUUGUUAAUUAUGUGCACAGUUUGGAAAGAUUCUCUGCUUUCCCUAAAAUGACACAGCAUGGGAGCUUCCUGAGUGUUCUCGUCAAGUACAGCUCUGCACUGUUGUGGCUCUAGAUCACGUUCAGCAGUUGAACAUUCCUGGUGAGCGAAGGGUUUCCCUGGUGAAUUUUUCACCACUAAAAGCCUUUUAGGUGGCGAUCUUAAAUGGGUGAGAUGGAAAUGAGAGCACACAUUAAAGCAAGAGUAAAUUCCAAAGGUUUCAAAGAACUUGGCCAUAAAUAUGAUAAUGAGAAGACAAAGUAUUUAUAUUAAAACAGUUAAGUAGCUUUCAGUUUUGUGAAAAUAGUUUUCAGCACAGAAACUGACUUCUUUAGACAAAGUUUUAACCAAUGAUGGUGUUUGCUUCUAGGAUCUAUGCUCUAAAAGAACUCACUGUCCCAGUGGUGGCCAUUGUUGGCCUUUAGUAAAUCAGAGCUGCUUCCCCAUAUUGAUAUCUAAUUUCUUUUAACCACAAUGAAUUGUCCUUAUUACCAACAGUGAAGCACUACAGGAGGCAAUUGUGGCAUUGCUUCCUUAACCAGCUCAUGGUGUGUGAAUGUUAUAAAAUUGUCACUCAGAUAUAUUUUUUAAAUGUAAUGUUAUAUAAGAUGAUCAUGUGAUGUGUACAAACUAUGGUGAAAAGUGCCAGUGGUAGUAACUGUGUAAAGUCUCUAAUUCACAACAUUAAUUCCUUUAAAAUACACAGCCUUCUGCCUCUGUAUUUGGAGUUGUCGGUACAACUCAUCAAAGAAAACUGCCUAAUAUAAAAAUCAUAUAUAUGGUAAUAAUUUCCCUCUUUUGUAGUCUGCACAAGAUCCAUAAAAGAUUGUAUUUUUAUUACUAUUUAAACAAGUGAUUAAAUUUAGUCUGCGCAGUGAGCAAGAGUUCACAUGCAUUCUUUUAUACUGCUGGAUUUUGUUGUGCAUCAUUUAAAACAUUUUGUAUGUUUCUUCUUAUCUGUGUAUACAGUAUGUUCUUGAAUAAUGUUCAUUUGUCAGGAGAACUGUGAGAAAUAAACUAUGUGGAUACUGUCUGUUUAUAUUAUAAAAUGCUUGUUGUGAUUUCCUUUUGGUUAGAUUUGGAUUUUUUUACCAAUGUUAAAACCAGAAAACUGUUUUUUUUCUGUCCUUUAUAAAGAAGUAAAGAAUAUAUUAGGGAAAAUUUUGAAAGUCAACUUGACAUCUGUAAAAGAUGGUAGUCUUUUCAAUUAGUAUGUGCUAAAACAGUUAAAGUGUUUACAAAAAGGAAAGAGAGACUGUGGUUAAAGAAAAAGGCAGUUAUAAAUGCCUAGAUGUGAAAAGUUGAGAUAUUUUAUUCUAGAUGCUUCCCGACAUCCCGAUGCUGGGGAUUGAACCCAAGGCCCUCAUGCAUGCUGUGCAAGUGCUCUACCACUAAGCCACAUCCCCAGCUCUACUCUUAAUUGUUUUUGAUGAAAAUAAGUCCCGUGGAUUUAAGCAGGUGGUUUCCUGGAAAGUAUUGUUAACUGGGAAAAGAUAGUAUAAAUAUUCCAAGAUGGAUUAAGUAUAUUAUUCCAGAUCUAAUUUUUAGAGUUGCUUGGUUUUUUGUAUUUUUAAAUCUAAGGAAUGUUAUUUAUUAGCUCUCUUCAAUACAUAGCAGGGUAUUAAAAAUCUACCCUAAUUUUUUUUAAUUAAGUAAUGAAAUUUUAAAUAUAGAAAUAUGAGAAUUUUAAAGUAAUAUAUUAAUUAAAGAUCACUGGUGAUGUUGAUACAAUAUAUCAUAAUCAGAAAGAAAAAUUGAUGAACUUCUCACCCUGAAAUUAUUAGUGAGUGGAAAAGGGGAAUUGUUAGCAUUCUAGACAUUUUUAUAUUAAAUGUUAUGUGCAUAUGCCAGAAGAUCUGCCUUCAACCUGUAGUUAGGCAAGACAGUAGCACUUGUUGGGAAAUUCUGUAACUUCUGUGUUUGUAUAGAAAUAGUACCAGUUAGUUUUGGAAAACCAUUCAGAUCUAUUGAAAAUUCCAUGAAGAAUGAACUGUUCUUUGGAAGAGGGCAAUGAGUGGUAUAAUUGUUAUAUAAAUAGAAUAGACAAAAUAACUCAGUUGAAUGCGUUUUCAAGGGCAAAGAAGACUUUUUGGUGUUAAAGAGGAUUAUUUUCUGCCUGAACAGAAGGUGUGUUUAUUUUGAAUUCUUCAGCUCAAAGCAAUUAGUCCUCCUGGCUUUAAGAGGUUCUAAAGGAUAGUAGUAGCAAAGGUUUUGUUUUGUUGUUGAGGGUUGCAGGAAUAGAUAGGGCUGUUAUUUGCAUGUAGACUUCCAUCUGUCUACACAGAAAUAUUGGCUACUAAAAAACAAGUAGAUUGGAGAUCUACUUAUUAAAAUAUUGCUUAUUAAGUAGUUCUUAGUAGGUCAGAUCUGUUUCCUGGUAUAUAUUAUGCUCAAAUUAAUUACUAAUGACUGAAGAAACUUUUAAUGAUGCCUAAAAUCACUGCUAUAAGGUUUAGGCAGAAGAGGUUUCCUUUGGUGUGACAAACACUGACAUAGCACUUACUAUGUGCCAAGCAAGCAUAUACUAACUAAUUUAAUUCUCUGCAAUCCAGUGAGACAGGUUCAUUUAGUAUCCUGUCUAGCCAGAGAGCCAUUAAAUAACUUGCCCAAGGUCAUAUAAUUAAUAAAGUGGUGAUGCUUGACUUUAACCUAGACAGAUCAGUCCAGACUCAGUGUCUGCCUCACUGUUCUGAGUAAGAAUAUUCCUGUUGUGUCAGGUAUCCCUGAAGUAAUAGGAGUGGAGCUGUGUGGGGCUGGUUUAUGUGGUUGCUGGAAUAUAAACCUGAGCAUAUGUCUGGGUUUGUAGCACAGGAGAGAAGCCUAUGCAUGGAUGGGGGGAAGCACUAAAAGAUUUUGCUCUUGUGAAUUAGGAAAACACAUAUGCAUGUUGGGUGCUUCUCACUUACUUAUAUUUCUCCCCUUCCCCUUUUGUUUAAAUUAAAUCACAGAACAUAACAAUUUACUGAGGUGUGAGGAACAUUUUUUAAAAAUAGGGAAAAUAGUAUCACAUGUUAAUUAUUUUGUGGAAUUUAUUUUUCAGUUAUAAGAAGUGUGGAUGUUCUAUAUAAACUGUUUCUUACUGUGGAUGAUAGGUUGGAAGUCCAUUAUUCUAGAUGCACUGGAUGAAAUUGGGAGUCUCCAGAUUAUAAGUAGCUUUUUUUUUUUUUUUCAUAAUAUGGAGGCAUUGUUCUUUUCAGGCCAUAAAGUAUUUGUUUGAAAUUUUUUACCUUGAUGAAAAUGUACUGCUGUUCAUAUCCCAGAAAUAAAACCUUUUUUUUUUCUUAAGUUUAUAAAGCAGAUUAGUGGAUUUUUGGAAGUUGUGUCAUAUUUAGCUUCAUGAGAACAGAGACCAUCCAUGUCUUUUUUCUGUGUGUAGGGCCUGACUUUAAAAGAUUCUCCAUAAAUAUUUGUUGGUUGUAUGACCAAAGUUUUGGUGAGCUACAUUUUUUUUUUCCCCUAGGAAGUUAGGAGACAGCCCCAAUACCUGAGUGUGCCUGAUUCCUACAGGGCUUGUAUCAGGAGAGCCCUUCACAGGGCCUGAGAGGACAGGGGAGUUGCCUCCUCCCUUAUCUGGAGGAUAUGGUUCUACCCUGAAUGGCUAAGAAGGUUUUAGUCCAAUAUGCCAUCUCAGUUAGGUCACCUCUCUGGAUUCCCAGUCUGUAAUGUUUUGUGAGAAUAGUGGAAAGACACUAGAGUGGAACUUCUGGGUCUUAGUCCAGUUGUGGAAGUGAAGCACUCUGUUGACAGCCUUGUUUCAUUGAGCUCUAGGAACCAAUAACUUGUUUGAUCCCCACAACUCCUCUCUGAGGUUGGUCACUAUCAUGAUCUCCACUGCAUGAAUGAGCAAACUGGAGGUACAGAGAAUGUUAAGUAUGUUAGCCCUUUAGUCCUGUGUGGGGCUGGGGAUACAAAGCCCUGCCCUUAUGAAGCUUCUAGACUAAUGUAGAAGAAAAGCAAUAAACAAAGUUUUUAAAAGUACUUAAAGCAGAGAUACAUGCUGUGAAGAAAAAUAUGGCUUGAAGAAAAAUAAUAAUGGGAGGAUGUGGAACAUUGCCAUUUUAUAUAAAAUAAUCAAGGAAAGCCUCCAUGACAAGAGUAUAUUAGAAUGUCAGAGACCUGAAUGGAGUGAGGAACUUUGCUGUGGGGAUGAUCUGUAGGAAGAGGCAGAAGGACAGCAAGGGAGGGCUGUGAGCCAGGAAGGAGCUUGGUGUGCUUAGCAGCAUUGUGAUGGCCAGUGAAGCUUGAGCCAAAUGAGCAGGAGGAAAGUAGUAGCUGAUAGGGUCAGAGAGGGUGCAAGGUCAGUUCAGGUGUGGCCUUGAGUAUAGCUCAUCAUAAAGGAGUUUGGAUUGUGUUUGGAUGUAUCCACAUACAUAUAUGGCCUUUUGCUAGGCAGAGGUCCUUUCCUGUUUUAAAAUCCUAUGACUUUAAGGUAAUGAUGACUUUUCAAGCCAUUCAAAUAAGUAAAAUGUGUUUUAGUAGUAGACCAGGUACUUUUCAAGGGGUAGAGCCAUUUACCUCUGCUGAUUUUUCAAGAUGGCUGCCGACUGUAGCCAUAAAAGCCAUUGGCUGGGCUUGUCUGCCUCUUUGCUGUCUCAUUUCUCUUAACCACACUGUCAAAGCUCUGGUGGGCACGGGCUGUGUUUGCCCAUCUAUGGUAUGUUUUGGAAGAAUGUUAAUCCCUACAAAGAGUCAUUUUAUGUUUUCUGGCACAACUGAUAACUUUCAUUCUGUAAUUUUUUCUCCUUCACUCAAAUACUCUUUAGGCUUCCCUAUAGAAGUGUGACAACUUGGGGCGGUAAUAAAGUGUUUGACAACUGUGUGAGUUGUGGGAACAUGCUGCACCCUUUCUGUUAAUAGAAGUGUAAUUGUAACCAAAGAAAUUUAAUUUCUUCUCUAGCAAACACAUUUCUGUUUAAGAACGAAUGUUAGAGAAAAAGGAAAUAUGAAAAUUACCAUGUAUCACGAAUACAUUAAGUAUUCUCUUUGUAAUAGCUCAAAUCUGGUCUGUGGCCAAAAUUAAAACCAUAUAAACGGAUCAUAAAUCUUAGCUAUUACUGUGUUUGCUUCUAAUUCUGUUUGGAAUAAGGCUUCAAAUGCUUUCCAGAA